AUUGCACCCGCCAUUGCCUCUAAUGGUAAGGACGUUUCAAAGAAGUUGUGAGAUGAAAGAGUUCUAUAUACCGGAGAAGACAACACUUGUAGUUAAUGCUUAUGCUGUGAUGAGAGAUCCUACUUCUUGGGAAGAUCCUGAUGAUUUUAAGCCAGAGAGGUUUCUAAGGCAAGAUCAGGAGGAGAGAAGAGCACUGAAGCACAUUGCUUUUGGAAGUGGAAGGAGAGGCUGUCCUGGAUCAAAUCUAGCAACUAUUAUCAUAGGAACUGCAGUAGGAACAAUGGUGCAGUGUUUUGACUUGAACAUCAAAGGAGAUAAGGUCAAAAUGGAUGAGGCUGGAGGACUUAACUUGACCAUGGCUCAUCCUCUUGAGUGCACUCUUGUUCCUCGAACCCAACCUUUCACUUUCUGAUUUCCAUGAAAUUCUCUCUGUUUCUCUCUUCAUCUUAUUCACAGACGUUUCUCGGUUCAAUCCGGUUUAAAUUUGGUUUGAUUUUGAUUUCCAUGGUUUAUAACCCGGAACCGUAAAUAAUUGUCCUGAAAAUGAAAUCAGAAAAAUGUCCCGCUGCUGUGUCCUGUCGUCUCUUUCUCUCUCUCUCUGUCUCCAGUGUCGCCUGAAUUUCUUGAGAUGCAAUUGUAUCAAAGAGCAAAGAAACCCAUCAAAAUCUCGUUUGCCUUCUACUUGUACAGUCGUUGAUCGAUUCAUAAUCGCUGAUUCCUUUUCUUUCGGUGCAUUUUAGUAAAAAACUUGGCUCGGUUUUGCAAAGCAUCUUCAGGAGGGCUAUAGCUAAUGGUUUAUCUCAGCCUCUCCAGUUCUGUCUUGGGAUAUCAUAAACUUAUCAAUGCCAGCUUCGAAAUCCCUGGUUAGCCACUGUAAACUUGAGCUUUAUAAGUGUUAUUUUAAAAGCCAUAUUGUGUUCUCUGAAAGAAGACGUGAUCUUUUAUCUGUUAAGCAUAAAUGGGAGUUAAUUUGGUAUCACAUCCCUUAGUCCUCCCUGCACUAAAACCAUUAGGUUCAUGGACCCUAAAGGUGUCAUCAAUGAGAUAUUUUUGCAGUAAAUACUUUGCAGCGCUUGUGAUUGUCUUCUUUGAAUGCACUUUCAGUCGUGAUAUUUUGCCGCUUCUUAGCUCCCUGCCAGAUUGUUAGCCACUGUAGACUUGAGUUUUUUAAAGUAUUAUUUUGCUUUGUACUUCUAAUCAUGAUAUUCUUUUAUCUGCCACUGCUUUGAGGCAGCUUUGGAGUCUGGUCGAGAUAUAACCACAAGUGUCCAAAGAUAAUACUUAAAAAAGACUUGAUUCCCUUCAUUUUACGUUCUUCCUAAAAUAUAUUAUAUUUUAAGUAUAAACAAUAUUAUUAUAGAUCAUACAUCCUAUUCGUAGAUUCUUGACACAAUAAUACUCUGGUUUCAUUUACCUUGUCACUUCGAGCAACAAUGGCAGCGAUCAUCGUUGACUUCCCAACCUGCUUCAUAUUUAUCCUCUUAUGCCUCUUCUCACUCCUCUUCUACUAUCUCAUCUUCAAGAAACCUAAGAAAUCAAGGCUUGUCGCUUAUGGAUGUGAACUGCCUCCGAGCCCUCCAUCUCUUCCGAUUAUAGGCCAUGUUCACCUGCUCCUCUCUUCCCUAGCUCACAAAUCUUUACAGAAACUCUCAUCCAAGUAUGGACCUCUUCUUCAUCUCCGCGUCUUCAACUUCCCUGUAGUCAUCGUCUCCUCGGCUUCUAUGGCCUACGAGAUCUUUAAGGUUCAUGACUUGAACAUCUCGUCUCGUGAUAACCCUUCAAUUGACGAUUCCCGCUUGAUUGGAUCUUCUGUCUUUGGUAGUGCUCCUUAUGGAGAUUACUUUAAGUUCAUGAAGAAGCUCCUGGCUACUAAGCUGCUUGGACCGCAGGCACUUGAGCGGUCACGAGGCAUCCGUGCAGAUGAGCUUGAGCGGUUUCACUCAAGCCUGCUUGAUAAGGCGAUAAAGAAGAAGAGUGUUGAGAUUGGUAAGGAAGCAACGAAGCUCAGUAUUAACAGCCUCUGGAGGAUGAGCAUUGGGAGAAGUUUUUCAGAGGAGAAUGGUGAGGCUGAGAGAGUCAGGGGACUGGUUACCGAGUUAGAUGGCUUGACAAAGAAGGUUUUGUUUGCAACUUUGCUGCAGAAACCCCUUGAGAAGCUUGGAAUCUCUCUUUUCAAAAAGGAGAUCAUGUCUGUUUCCAACAGCUUCGAUGAGGUCCUGGAGAGGGUUCUUGUGGAACAUGAACAGAAACUGGACGAGCAUCAAGAUAGGGACAUGGUGGACGUGUUGUUGGCAGCUUAUGGAGAUGAAAACGCAGAGCAUAAAAUCACCAGGAACCACAUCAAGGCAUUUUUCGUGGAGCUUUUCUUUGCGGGUACUGACACCUCGGCGCAAUCAAUACAGUGGACAAUGGCAGAGAUCAUUAACAACCCCAAGAUUCUUGAGAGAUUGAGAGAAGAAAUUGAUUUUGUGGUAGGAAAAACAAGGAUGAUUCGAGAAACUGAUCUACCAAAGCUCCCCUAUUUGCAAGCGGUGAUUAAGGAAGGACUGAGAUUGCACCCGCCAUUGCCUCUCUUUGUUAGGACGUUCCAAGAAGGGUGUAAGAUUGGAGGUUUCUACGUACCAGAGAAGACAACACUUAUUGGUAAUGCUUAUGUUAUGAUGAGAGAUGCGAAUGUAUGGGAAGACCCUGAGGAGUUUAAACCAGAGAGGUUUCUAGCUUCUUCAAGAUUAGGGCAAGACGAGGAAAGAAGAGAGCAAGCGCUUAAGUACAUUCCUUUCGGGAGUGGAAGGAGAGGUUGUCCUGGCUCAAAUCUGGGUUAUAUCUUUAUUGGAACCGCAGUUGGAUUGAUGGUGCAGUGCUUUGACUGGAGAAUCAAAGGAGACAAGGUUAACAUGGAUGAGGCUGGGGGAUUAAACUUAACCAUGGCUCAUCCCCUGAAGUGCACUCCUGUUCCUCGAAGCCAGCCUCUACUUGCUGCUAAUCUGCAGAUGCCAAGUUCGUAAUUUUCAGUUGUUAGUAGCAUCAUGUUACUGAACUCGCAGACAUAGAAGGGUCCUGAAUUUCGUUAAACUGGUAAGGAAAACUAUCGGUUAACUACUGGUUUGUUUUUCUUUCCUGGUUUAUUUGUUACAUUGUGGUUUACUGUAUCAGUAUGAAACUAUAAACUGUAUGGGUACAUGAUUUUGUAUGGAAUUUUCCCUUUUCUGAAUAGAAAUAUUAAAUAAAGUAGAAACUUGUCUAUUGUUGGUUUA